AUGGAUGAUGUGGAGAAAUCCGCAUUAGAACAAGUUGCUGCCAUGUUGCAACGACCUGAUCACUUGGAGAAGUUGCCUGAGUUUCGAAAACGAGCAGAGCGAAAAAAAGCUGCUGUGGAAGCUAUGCUUCGAACUGGUGUUCAGUCUCAACUUGAAAGUAUAAGAACUGCCAUCGCUCAUUUGCAUACAGCUUCAGAAGAUAUUAAUACAGUGGAUAAAGAAAUAAACUCUCUUCGGUCGAAAUUAAAACCUUUCCCAGGACUUAAAGAGAAAAUGAAAGAAGUUCGUAUCGCAAAUGCUCUACACAGUCAGUAUGCUGCGGCAAUGGAUAAUUUGAAACACAUAUUCAAUAUUAAUCAAACUAUCGCGGAUACUCACGUAGCUCUUGAGCAAGGAAAGCUAUUAUUAGCGCAUAAGCACAUCAUGGACUUGGAGCAAGCGCGAGACGAGCUACUAACAGAGGUACAUAAAACAGCUGGUAAUCGUGAAUACGAAAAGAAUCUACUUAUUACGUUUUUCAUAAAGGUUGAUGAAUUAGUAAAUACCUUGGGUAGCAACAUGUGGUAUGUGAUUGGUCGUUCCUUGGACAUGGCAAAAGGAAGUGAAAGCGGUCUGGGACCUCAACAGCUAGUUUCCUGUCUACGAAUCGUAGAGAGAGAAGAGAGGAUCGAUAAGUAUUAUCUAGAUGCGAAAGGUGCCAAAGAUUUCAUGCCACCCAACAGACCUAGGGAAUGGAAAAAAAAAACAUUUGACACUUUGGAAAAAACUGUUUGGAACAGAGUAGAAGGAAAUCAACUUGAAGAUGACAGAGGACAUAAUAAAUCUUGGUUGGCAAGAUACCUGGAGACAAUGCGAGUGGUUGUCACAACAGAUUUGCUUCAUGCAAGAGCGGCCAUAUCGUGUUUCCCACCAGAUUACCAAAUUUAUGAUCGUUUCGUACACAUGUAUCAUAACUGCGUAUGUAAGAGAGUUCGAGAAAUCGCUUCGGAAAAUUUAGAGAAAAGUGAAUUAGUACAACUGAUGAGUUGGAUACAAUCAUAUGGUGGAGAAGAUUUCUUAGGAAGUCGUCGGUUACAAAUAGCUUCUGCUGCUCUCUUACAAGAUAUGCCUGUUCUGGAAUACGCAACUUGGAACAAGCUAUGCGAUUUAUUUAUUGCAAUGACAAAGAGAGACAUGAAGCAAUGGCUUGCAAAGAUGUUGAGUGCCGAAAAGGAUGAUUGGUAUCAAAAUGUUAAGCCUGACGAAGACAAUUUCUCAUACUUUUAUACUAGUUUGCCGAAUAUUUUAUUUGGAAUGUUACGAGAUACAGUGACAUUAGCUAAGGAAGUUAGUGUGGAAGUUAUCCCGAGUGUCAUCAAUUUGACCGUUGAAGAGUUUUAUGAUUUUGCUACGAAAUAUCAAGAUGCUUUUAAAGCUUAUAGGGACAAAUACUUUGAAGAUCGGAGUCUCUUUCCAAGCUACACAUCAAUUAUGAUAGCUGUAGCAAACAAUUUACAAACAUGUAUAGAGUCUACGGAGAGAUACAUGCAACAGGUUCGUCUAUCUAUGGAGAACGACGAAGGUAAUAGUACCAGAAGAGGACCUGCUCGUCAACAAAUCAUCGACAACAUUGAUAAAUUGAAUGGCAAAUGGAACGGUGCCAUCAGCUUAGCCGUGGAAUUCAUCGGUCAAGAGGUCUGCGAGGAUUUGGCAAAAUACUUGGCUGAGAUUUUUUCACGCAAAUGGCUUGUGGGAAGUUCUUCCUGUGAAACGAUCUGCAUGACCUUAUCAGAUUACUUUUUGGAUCACAGACAUCUCAGGCCGAACGCUAGAGGAGCUCUGUUGGCCGAUCUUCACUUCCGAAUAGUCGGCGAAUAUUUGCGAGCGAUUGAUAAAAGAAGACUUACAUUCGCAUCUCAUGAGGAACGAUUAGCCUGUGGAGAAAGGUUACAGAAAGAUAUUGAAAAGAUUGACGAAGUGUUCACAUCCUGCACAGAGAGCGAAGACUUAGUAAAUCAGUUCACAUUAUUAACUCCUGUAUUGCACCACAUGACAGGAAUUAUAACGUUGACUGACAAAGGAAUGCUCUCUUUGGAAGCUACCUCGUUCGGAAGGAAGUAUCCCAACUUCCCCGUAGAUCUUCUAGCAUCUCUAAUAGCAACAAGAGAAGAUAUGUCGAGAGUGGAAGCAAAAUCACUGGCCGAAGAAGUCAUGUCUCAUGUCCAAUUUCAUCCCAAAGAUGAAAUUUUCGCUCAACUGUUCGCUUCAGCCCAGUCAUCGGAAUCCUCCUGGAAACCAUCCAUCAAUGUUGCCAACUUCCUUCCCUCCUUUGUCAAACUUGAGAGUGGGAGCAAAUAG